AUGGCGGCCGUUGCAGACACUAAAAUGCUUGAACUGCAGCCCAAAGCCAGCGAGCAGGAAGCGAGCAAAAUGUCAAUCGCUGUCGACGAAGACGCAAACUCUUUGACCUGGACACAGCAAUUUGGUGAGCUAAAGAAGUCAUGGCACAGUGCCUGGGCUUGUUUCAGCUGCGCGUCCAUCGCCAUUCUGAUCGGCUAUGACCUCAACCUCAUAGGCUCCAUCAUCGCCAACACUGAGUUUACUGAGAGUUUUGGAGAAUACGACACAAGUCUUAGCGUCUGGACACUACCUGCCAACAGACAGCUGGCUUGGACGAUCUGCCAAUUCGUCUCGGCCAUGCUUGGAGCGUUCACUGUUGGUAUGAUUAGUGACAAAUGGGGCCGUAAGCUCUGCGGAUUCAUUACCGUUUUCCUUACUAUUCUUGGUACGAUCAUUGAGCUUGUGGCACCCAAUUGGGGCGUUUGGGCGCUUGCUAAGGUCAUCUUUGGCCUGGCCAUGGGCUUCAUGCAGGGAAACACUCAGACCUACGUCUCCGAACUAGCUCCUCUCCGAAUCCGAGGGUUCAUGCUGUCUUUAUUUCAGCUCUGGAUUGUCUUUGGCAGUUUCCUCUCUGCCUGCGUCUUGGAGGGGACGUCGAACAUUGAGGGGCCAUGGUCUUGGAAGGCAGCAGUUGUUUCGCAGCUUGGCAUUGGCGCCAUCGUAGGAUCCCUUUUCUUCUUCUUUGUUCCAGAGUCUCCAUACUAUCUGGCCAGUCGAGGCAAGACGACUGAGGCCAGGGAUGUUCUCAUCCGACUUCGCGGCAAAGAGGAAGGCUUCGAUGCCGAUGAUGACCUACAAACAAUCAUCACCACCAUUGAUCAUGAGAGGUCUAAUGCAAACGAGAGUGUUUCAUAUCUCCAGUGCUUCAAGGGAGUCGAUCGACGCCGGACACUUCUCGCUUGCUUGCCCAUGGUUAUGCAGCAGUUCGGAGGAUUCCCCCUGUGCACAAACUACAUGGCCUACUUCCUCAAGCAGUCCGGACUUGAGGAUGCCUUCCUCAUUACCGUCAUUGCCAGCUUGCUCUCCAUUGGUGCUGUCAUGGCGUCCUUUGCUCUCAUUGAAAAGGUCGGUAGGCGACCCCAACUUCUGGCCGGAAUUGCCCUGAUGAUCCCCUGCCUAUUGGCUAUCACGAUCCUAGGCUGGUACGGAGGGAAUACCUAUGCCGGUGGUAGAGCUCUAGCGGCCAUCACAAUUAUCUGGAAUAUUCUGUAUUUCGUGUCUUUGGGCGCAAUCGGAUGGACCAUUGUCGGAGAAAUCUCAUCGACUCGACUGAGGGCCAAAACCACCUCCAUCGCCACCAUCACCAACGCCAUCUGCAACCUCAUUUGGGCCGUUGCUAUCCCUUACCUUGUUAAUGCAGAGGAGGCAAACCUCGGUCCGAAAGCAGGCGUCGUGUUCCUAGGCCCAGCCUUCAUCUUGGCUAUUGCCUCCUUUUUUGUUAUACCCGAGACGAAGGGUAAGACUUUUGCCGAACUUGACUACUUGUUCGAAACCAGGACUCCGGCCCGCAAGUUCUCUCAAAGGGGAUGA